UUGUAGUAAAACGUCAACGCAACAAAAACAUCAAAAAAUUUUGGACACUUCAGCUCCGAUCGAACGAAAUGGGUAAAUUGAUUCUGGUGCAGUGUCUAGCUGGUCACAGGGGCCGCGUUUGGGGCGCUGGUUGGCACCCCAAGGGAAACACCCUGGCGACCUGUGGUGAGGACAAAACUAUUCGUGUGUGGGCCGAGGAUAGCAACAAACGGUGGGUUGCGAAAACGGUUCUCUCGGAUGGUCACAGCAGAACGAUUCGUGAUGUUGCGUGGUCUCCCUGUGGGCAGUAUUUGGCUUCGGCCAGUUUCGAUGCUACGGUAGCAAUUUGGGAUAAAAAGUCAGGAGAGUUUGAGUGCAAUGCCACUCUGGAGGGUCACGAAAACGAAGUCAAGAGCGUUGCGUGGUCCACAUCUGGAUCUACACUGGCGACAUGCAGUCGGGAUAAGUCAGUCUGGGUGUGGGAAGUGGCCCAAGAGGACGAGUACGAAUGUGCGGCCGUUCUGAACAGUCACUCACAGGACGUGAAGAAAGUCGAAUGGCAUCCCCACGAGGAUAUACUGGCCUCGGCCAGUUAUGACAACACUAUCAAAUUGUAUAAGGAAGAUUUGGCGGACAGUGAUUGGAGCGAUUUUGACACGCUGAUCUCGCACGAGUCAACGGUUUGGAGCAUUUCCUUCGACAGCACCGGUACACGGUUGGCUUCCUGCAGCGACGAUCAAACGGUGAAGAUAUGGCAGGAGUACAAACCGGGAAAUGAAUUCGGAGUAAACUGCCCGGAUAAGGUUCCUGUUUGGAAAUGCGUUUGCACGCUCUCCGGAUACCACAGUCGGAGCGUUUACGACAUUAGUUGGUGCAAGCAGAGUGGUCUACUAGCAACCGCCUGUGGGGACGAUAUGAUUCGAAUAUUUAAAGAAACGAACGAUUCUAAGCCACAAGAGCUAAUCUUCGAAAUGGUCGCUUCGAAACAUGCGCACUCGCAGGAUGUAAACACGGUCGAGUGGAAUCCAGCGGUUCCCGGGCUGCUGGUGACCACGAGUGACGACGGCGAUGUUAAGUUGUGGCAAUUCGAGCAGGAUGAGUGAAGUUAAGAUAAACAUUGCGGCUGUCAUGAAAUAUAAUUUUCCGACCAAUUAAGGAUUUUAUUCUUGCUUAUAUUAAAUUUUAUUUUUGGCAAAAAAUAUAGGGCACAAAAGCAUCUUUAACACAAA